AUGUACUUCCUGAACUUUAGAUACCAUAUUCACACUUUUUCCCCCAUCCCCAGCCUUCUUGGUGUCUGUGCUUGGGUAUCAGUUUGGUCCCAUACAAUUUGCUUCCGAGAAUAUGUGAGAAUCCAGAUGAACCUGUUGGUUCCGGGAGUCCUGUUACAUAUGCAAACACCGAACAUACAAUGUGUGUGUAGGAAGUUACUGUUGAAACUGCUAGGUCCUGCGACUCAUGUCUCAUGGUCAAAAUUACCUGGAAAGGGCAGAAUCUUACCUAAAGAACAAACUUUCCCUUUCCACAUAUCUUCUACCUCCUUGACCUCUAAAAUCUGA